AUACCUGGUAACUCCUUGGUUUGACUGAACUGUCUUCCUGUAUGUAUACGACGUAAGGCUAGCACCUGUUCCUUUUGGGAUACCAACACUAGAAUCUCGCGAUGUAAUGAUUCCGCGUAUGCAAUCAUCGAUACGUAUAAAAAGGAACCCAGCGUUCAAGUUUUGAUGGGGUAUAAACACAGGUUGGAGCAGUGGCAAUUCUGCGAACUCGAGAAGUCUCAAAAUCUCCAGCAUCCAUGUCUUCCCAUCAAGCAAACCGUAUCCACAAAGUUGCACUGGUUGGCGGCUCUGGACAAAUCGGCUCGGUGAUUCUACAAUCGCUCCUGAACACCACCAAACAUGAAGUGACUGUCCUCACCAGACCAGACAGCAAUUCCAGUUUCUCUCCCUCCCCCAACUUGACUGUUGUCCAAGUCGACUAUGCCUCUGCAACCGCCAUAACAAAAGCUCUUCGCAGCCACGACUUCCUUAUUAUCACCCUCUCUGCCAGGGCGCCUCCCAACCUACAUGCUCAAAUCGUUCAAGCAGCUGCAGAAGCUGGCAUCCAAUGGAUUAUGCCGAACUACUGGGCCUUCGCGCUAGGCCCGCGCGGAGGGGCUCUUGCCGCAGACCCGUUGUUCAGCAGCUUCGGCAAGAGCAUCGACGACGUGCGUAAUGUAUCUGCGCCGGAGGGCGGCGUGAAGCCGAAUUUCGUCGCGCUUUGCAACGGAUUCUGGUACGAGUUCAGCCUGUCAAUGGGCGAGCCGUGGUUUGGUUUCGACAUUAAGAAUCGCAAGGUCACGCUGUACGACGAAGGGACUGUCAAGAUUAAUACGAGUACGUGGGACUUGUGUGGGCGUGCUGUUGCGUCGCUGCUUUCGCUGCCUGUUGCUGGGAAUGAAGAUGGGAAGUUGGCGCUGGAUCGAUUCAGGAAUGAUGGCGUGACUAUUUCCAGCUUUUUGGUCAGCCAAAGGGAUAUGUUGGAUAGUUUGAACCGCGUACUUGGGACUUCAGAUGCUGAUUGGUCUAUUACGAAGCAGGCGGCUAGGGAGAGACACCUGCAAGGACUGCAGCAGCUGCAAGGAGGAGAUAGAUUGGGCUUUGCGAAAGCUAUGUAUGCACGGCUAUUCUUUCCAGGUGAAGGUGGGGAUUACGAGACAGGAUAUACAUUGGAUAAUGAAACGUUAGGGUUGUCAAAGGAAGACUUAGAUGAGGCAACGAAGAGGGCGGUGGAGAUGGUCGCGAAUGGGGCAGGCAUUCACUGAGUGGUAUCUGUCAAAUGGGAAGAAAAUGCGAACAGUAAUAUUUGAUUGUGUCGACUCUGAACACAUCUAAGGACAUAC